AUGCUGGCACAUAGCUGCUUGCGAAUUGAGUUGUCUCCGGUUCACAUGGAUAACCUCAUUAGUAAGAAAAGCUCCCUUUCAGAGGAAGAGGAAGCAGAGUCAAUUCGACUCAAGAAGCAGGAGGAGCAGGUGGCAGCCGUGCGUGCAGCCAACCUUGCGGCACAAGCUCAACAUGCGCAUCUCGAAUCGUCGUCGCAAAGCACAUCCACGCCAGUAGCCCACAAUCCAAAUGUGAUUAUUGAGCAGAAACCCUUAUCUGCUCCUCAACCUCCUCAACCUCCCAAACCAAAACCUUCCACCCCAGUUCCCUUUCCAAUCUCGCAGCAAUCUAACGUCAUCUGCAGUCCUGCAGCUACGAUUCCGUCAAGUCCACAGUACCCGAAUCCUAGUAGCUACGGAUUUCCGCAAAGUCCAGCCUUUCACCACCAGUCGGUAGUCCAAUCUCCUCAACAACAUCAACCUGUACAGUCUCCUCUUUCAACCGGACAACAUCAUCAAAUGUUGAACCAAAGAGUGCAAGUGCAGUCGACAGUGCAAGGUCCACAGGCUAUCAAUCAUCACUCGAGUUUCAGUUUUGAUCAGCCAGCACAGCCUUUUGUUCAACAACAGGCACAGGCAGCACAGCCGCAGAAUCAGUUCGGUUUUGGACAGCAGACGGUUCAACAGCAUAUUUCAACACAGCAAGUGCCAAUGCAGCAGAUCAACCAAGCGCUCAGCCAUCAACCGGCUCCGGUCCAGAUGCAAUCACAGCAACAAUCACACCAACAGCAGCUGCAACAAAAUCAGCACAUGCGAAUGGAUGCACAACAACCAGGUGGCCAGUAUCAAUCACAACUGAGACAACAAGUGGCAAAUGACCAGCAACAGCAACUUGCCAUGCAACAACAACGAAUUCGGGAUAUGUACAUGAGCCAGCAACACCAACAAAAUGUGCCACUCCAAAGA